AUGGAGACUAUCGCGAUCUCAGGUGAGGAGACCGCCGCCACGACAGAUGUGUCGAGAAAAGAGCCGCACCUCCUUGGCCUGCCCCUUGAGAUCCGCCUACAGAUAUAUGGCUGGAUCCACGCGGCACACCCGGUACAGCACGCGCAGCUCGCGCCGUGGUAUCCGAACCCAAUACAUAGUGUGUACUUCCUAGGGCCUGUCAACCCCCCCGGAGUGGAAACUGAGGAUCUUGCCGUACCAGGGAAAAUCGUGACAGUCAUUGACGGCCCCGCGAGAGAGUACAAUCACUCCAACUCUAAUCAGAAGCAUGAAGAGCCGCCGCUGCUGUCGCCAAACCGUCCCAUCUCAGGUAUUCCCUCAGCGCUCCUGGGAACCAACAGGCAAAUCUACAACGAGUGCCGUUGUCUUCCCUUCCACGCCAACGAGUUCGUCUUCGUCAACUGGUUCUCUUCGGGGCUCUGGGCGGCGCGAGCAUUCACACGCGGCCUUCGGCCGUGGCAGCGGGAUGAAAUGCGAUGGGCACGGCUUGAGAUGCUCGGGCGGGACUUCACGGGCCCGACGCUCAAGGAGUGGAUCGAGCUGUGCGGCCACUGGACCUCUGGGCUGCGGGGGCUGAGGCUUAAGAUCCUGAUCGGGGGUGGGAUAUUCGAGCCCACAGCUCCGUUUGCCGCACUAAACAACAAUGCAGAGGCCCAGGCUAUGGGGUUGGGCUCUAUAACGACACGGCCGGAUCCCAGGCUUGAGUGGAUCGAGGAAGGGCUCCGGAAAUUGGAGGCGUUGAGAAGGCUGGAGGUCGAGCUGUCGGUGCUGGAUUGGGGGGAUGGGGAGAAGGUCGAAUGGUGUACAGAACUUGGGAAGAUGUUGAACGUCGGGAGAGAGGGAGAAGAGGGCAUCGUCGUUGUGAGAUGUGUUGAGAAGCUUGAGGAGGACCGCGGGCCAAAAAGGCAAGUCUGUGAAGGCAUCGCGAAGAAUUGA